GCGAUGGCGGCGGCUGCACCGGUCGUGCCGGAUGUUGCUGCAACCGGCUAUACAAGGACGGCGGUCGCGGCGUUGGCCGACGAGGGUAGAGCGAGGACGACUGACAGGAUCGCGUUCCGGACGAGGUCGGACGACGAGGUUCUCGACGACGGGUACAAGUGGAGGAAGUACGGCAAAAAGACCGUCAAGAACAGCCCUAAUCCGAGGAACUACUACCGGUGCUCGACGGAGGGGUGCACCGUGAAGAAGAGGGUGGAGAGGGACAGGAACGACCCGCGGUACGUGGUGACGAUGUACGAGGGGAGACACAGCCACGUGUGCCCCGGCACGGUGUACUACGCCGCGCAGGACGCCGCCUCCGGCCGCUUUUUCGUCGCCGGGAUGCAUCACCCGGACCUUAAUUAAAUUAAUUAAUUAGAGCAUAUGCAUGCUUUGCUGGGCCAGCAGCUGGAUAGCUAGCUUGAUGUGCAGCUCUAGUUUGUUGUACGGGCUGUACCACUGUUCGAUUCGAAGUGGGCUCUAUGCUCCUAAUGUUUGCCUACCAACUGAUUUUGAUUAAUUUCUUAGAGUUGACUCAAUUUGGAUUAGAGGCUGAUAUUAGCUAGGUUUGUCAUCAAACUUCAGACCUUUCUUUUGAGUGGGGAUCUUCCAAAAGAUUUUCUCGAGAACUGAAAUGCU